AUGAAGAAAACUGGUUCAGAGAUACUUGCCCAAAGUAAAAAUGGUCAUAUUGUGAAACGGAACGUGUCGCAUUUCAAGCGAAUAAAUAAACCACGAAAAUUCGCAGGACAAUCAGCCAUCCAACGAUCCAAGAAAAUUCGCAGGACAAUCAGCCAUCCAUCGGUAAUGAAAACAACGAAGUACCAAGAAGAUCAAGCCGAAUUCGAAGAACGCCGAAUCGAUACGGACAUGAAUGUCCAUCAAAUCUAAUAAACUAACAUAACAACGAAAUAGCUAAGUAACUUCAAAUUUAAACACUUUGAUAUUUGACAAUCAAGUUAAAACAAAGGGAAUGGUAUAGUAAUGUACGCCUAUUAAUCAUUAACGCACGUAUUACGAUUAGUUUAUAUUUAGAAUAUGGACAUUAUAUAUUCAGUUGUUUACAUGUAGCCAAGAUAUCAAGAAGUCUAUUAAAUAAGAGAACAUUAUACCUAUCUCUGGUUAUUUUAAAUUUCACUCACUUCAGUUCAUCUAUAUAGCAUUGUCGUUUGUGUCUGGAUUUCUGAGUCUGUUUGGAGUUGGACAAAAGAAGAAGAAAACGGUUGGUGAAAUUGUCCGUGAGGAGAUUCAAGCAGCGUUUGAAAAAUAUCAUGACCAAAAACUUAUCAAAGAUGCCAAAGGUAAUAUUUAGUCCAUGGGCCAAUUGUCGCAAAAACAGUGCUUCGUAGUCAUUUUCCCGAGCAUGGGCAAACCAGGAAGCAUUUCAUUUUGAUGCAACAACAGUGAGACACGUCUGAAAACAAAUCUGUUUGAAAAAAUGUUUCUGCUUCCUAAGACAUUUACUGUAUUUCCAGAAUGCGCAAACUGAAAAACGAUAGUGAUAGUUUUAAAUUAAUAUUAUUUCCGCGACAAUGCAUGUUCGUUAGUUUAAUACUCCAGGUCUUGAAGUAAAUAUUUUAAAUUAAUUCUCUCCGAUCCGAAAGCGACAAAGCUAUAUCGGAUUUCCUUUCGUGCGAAAGCAUAUACAUACAUACAUAUAUUACUCAGCACACUCCCUUAUCAGGGUUUUUCAGUGACUGGUUACAUUAGAGCAGACCGAGGUAGACUGUGAGCUUACAAAUGGCGCUUUAAGCAGCCGCUAUUAGUCCAUACCUCAUUAAUAUAUUAAUGACCUGCCCCCUGACCUAUGUAGUUCAAGCUAAUGUUGACAACACGUCAGCUGUGCAUGUCAUUUUAAUUAAAUUGAACUGCUUGUAUGUGGAAAUGGGGCGGUCAGACAAAAUAGUUACAAUUGAUUGUCCAGACUGGAUACGCAUAGAAAUAUGCUUGCAACGUUUUACAAAAAUAUAGUAAUAACGUUUAAUUUUGGUUAUAUUCGUUCACUCUGAAAAUCGCUUGAGCUGAAGACAAAACGAUACCUAUUUAGCGUAACUUAAAAUAGUUUCAAUAGCUUCUAUUUGUGUUAUAUGCUGCAUGGGGCUUCAGUGCGUACGAGGGGCUUUAUUCAUUUUAUUAACUUUAAAGCCUGUUGAACGAUGGUUUUUAAGGCGCAUUUCAUCCCUUUUAAUUGAAAAAACUAACUAGGAAAUCAAUUAAGCAUAAUUCAAGAUCACCAAACUUAAUGUUUUUAACAUUUUAAAACAUUUAUAUUGUUAAAAACAUCGAGUUUACUGCAUGAUUUUGAAUUAUGCUUAAUUGAUUUUCCUAGUUAGUUUUUUCAAUUAAAAGGGCUCAAAUGUGCCUUAAAAACCAUCGUUCAAAAGGCUGAACUGUGCCUUUAAAAUGUUCGAAAAAGUCAGUUGUUUUUGAAGUCAUCGUUGUAAAAAAGUAGUCAUUGUAACUAUCAGUUCCACCUGAAAGGUUUAAAGUUUGUGCAGGCGCAUAUAAAGGUAAUAAUAAUAUUUAGUAUAAUUACAUAAGUGAUUAUUGAUAAUUCUCCACACUGAUUGGUUGCCCGUAAGGUGAUUAUAACGCGAUAAUCACCUAUUCGUAAGCGAUUUCUAAUUUGAAAUGGCGACCGAAGAGCCGUCUUGUCGAUGAAUGACGAAGAAAUGUGUAUUUUUUAUUUUUUUUCCAAAUAAUCGCCUGUGAAAUUAUACUAAAACAAUUAGUCACCUCAGGUUCGAUAAUCACCUCGCCUUCGGCGAAUAAUUGCUAAAUAAUAAUAUUAAAAUAAGAUUUAUAUAUCGCUAAAUCAACCAAACUCUAAAGCGCUUUACACGCAAGAUUAAAAGUUAUAUAAAUCUAUAGUAAAACCAAAUUUCCUAAUUUGCAAAUAAGAGAGCUUAAAAAGUUAGUCCCUAAUGUUUGUUUGAAAAUUUGUUUUUCAAUUAGUCUAUAAAGCUUACAAAUCGGGUAAGUUAUUCCAUAUAGCUCAGGAGCAGAUCCCCUCAAUAAAGCUUCGCCAACCAUGCACGCGGUGUCUUCUUAAUUUUUGAGACAACCAACAGAUUUUUGCCACGAGUAUAGUUCAGAUAAUUAUAUACUGGAGCAGUUCUUAUAAAUUCCUAUCAGUGGCGGCGCCAGGGGGGGGGGGCAAAUGCCCCCCCAAAUUAUUUUUUGCCCCCCCAUUUUUCCCCCCCUCAAAAAAAAUUAUUAGUCACUAAGAGCGAGUCGUUAUCGGAAAAGAGUCGUUAUCGGAAAAUGUAUGGUUUAUAAGUUGUCAUUACUCAUUAGUGAAUGCGCGUAUACAUGAAACUGUUUUUACAGUUCCAAUAUUAGUUUGUAAAUCUCUGAAUGGUAAAACUUGCCAAUACUCCAAUAAUACGUUUCAAAAAAAGACAAAAAAGCUUUAGUUUUGCAGAGUUAAAUUCUCAAACGUAUAAGGCAAUAAUAAGAUGAAAGUAUCACGAAAUUAUUUGAAUAAACCACAUCGCAUAUAUGGGGGGCGAAUGUCCUAAAGAGGGGCGAUAUUCCUAGGGCAUUCGCCCCACCCCCCUGGGAGGCGAUAUUCCUAGGAUAUUCACCCCCGGGAGCGAUAUUCCUAGGAAUAUCGCCACGUUUUGAGGGGGGGGGGGAAUUUCCUGGGGGGGGCGACCUUUUUAAAAAUUCUAUCUUGCCCCCCCAAAUUUGAGUUUGCCCCUCAAAUGCCCCCCCCAAAUUUGGAAGCCUGGCGCCGCCACUGAUUCCUAUAGUGACAACAAUGCACGCGUGACAUUCAGUAUAUAACGAAAAAGAAAUCGUUGUCGUUCCAAUUCUUUAACAUUUCAAUCGAUAUCAAUAUAUCAUGCAUGUGUUUAAAUCUUUAAAUGAUGCAUCUUAUACUCAUUGUCAUACAGCAACCAUCGGUUUGUUUGAAGUAUCCAAGAGAUAUGUCGAUAGCCUAUCUCGACGUGGGAAGAAACUAACUGCUGAUCAGACUCUUUCUCUGCAAGUUUCCGUACCUCUGUGGCAAGGUGUACCCAUGCUGAAGACAUUGGCUAUUGAAAUACCAGAUCUUGUAAAGGAAAAUAAAGGCGGGAAAUAUGCUAAGAAGGUAAGAAUGGCGUGUUUAUACCUUAUACACUUACAUGCAUUAUAUGGUAGACCACAAUAUGGCAGACCACAUAUAUUUUGCUAUUGUUUAUAAGCGAAUUACAUUUUUGUUUUAGCUUGUUUCAGUGAAAACUGCGUCUUUGCGACCAUAAUGAGUAACUGAAGUAUUUUCUGCAAAGAUGUGACGAUCUGUUUUGUCUCAAAAUUUAAAAAAACAGGUUUUUUAACGUAUAUGAUACAAACACAUUUUAUAAAGGCAUUCGCUCAGGGAAUUUCCACACGAGAACGACACCCUGUAUGAAAAACUGGUGUCAUCAGUUAAAAUAGAAUGAGCAAUCAGUAUAUAUAAAUGUCGAUGGAGUAGCGUCAUCUAUAAAAUGAUCAUAUAGCCUAAUCAUGGUAUUGCUUUAUACUGUAUAACAUUCUUAUUUAUUUCUAAAUUGAAGGUUCUUCGUUAUAUUGAACUUUACUUCAAAUUGGCCGUAUUUAAGGAUAUGAUUUUACAACAAAUGGCUGCACUAAUGCCUGACGAACUCGCCCCUAACCGUAACGCUUUGAUAGACGUACAAGCUGGAUUGCGUGCAUCCCAGAAACAUCUCGUUAAAUUCCUUUAUGAAAGCGACGUUGGCAGCCAAAUAAUACGUUACUUUGACCCUGAUAUUUAUCCGUUUAUCGAUGCAUAUGCCAUGACGACACUUAAGGUCCCCAACUAUGACCGAACUCUUGCUGGUAUAUGGUGCAUAACCCCACACAUUAGAGGUAAACCACUGACUUCGAUGUCUUGGGCGAGAGACCACGCUAGUCUUAAGCUUCAUGGUAAUCCAUACAUCACACUUAAGAAUGAUGGUUGUUUUUGGAAGCUGAUUCCGCAUGGUAAAUAUCUGUAUACAAUACAGAACGUAUAUGGUUGUCCAAAGUAUGACCAUUGUGGGCAAUAUCUGAGUACUGAUGGAACAGGGUCAGAUUAUGCGAAUCGAGCAACAGUUGAACCUUAUCCUGAUUUGUGGGAAAUAUAUGGAUCAUACCAGAAAAGGUUUGUUAAAUCAUUUUCUUGUCAUAGUACUGUAUGUGAUGUAUUGUUUUUAAUAGGGGUCAUUUGGUUGGUUGGAAAGUAGCGCAUUAGCUUGAUGUCGGUGAUUGGAAAUAAGCUCAGAUACCGAACUUCGGCGGCGAAGCGGUUAGCGCGCACUCGCCUCUCACCUCUAAGGCCGCAGGUUCAAGCCUCAGUGAGAACUUUCUCAAUGCGAUUCGAACCCAGUCCUCACGUGAAAAGAGCAAAAGUCAACGCUCUGCCGAAAGCCGUGGGUUUUCUUCUGGUACUCCGGUUUCCUCCCACAGGGAAAGUUGACAGGAUGGGUUAGAUAAAAAGGCUCACAGUAAUUGGCAUAUGCUGUUGUGGUGACCCUGCCCCAGUUGGCUAAGCUAAAUAAAAAUAAAAAUAAAAACUUAAUUUUUCGUUGCAACAUGCAGUUGCUUGAUUUUAACUCUCAUUCGCAGUUUAUUAUUAUAGAAAUCAAAAUUCCAACGUGUUUUGCAAGGCAGUAUGUGUUGCGGAUUUUUAGCCUAUUCACUUGAGGUGUUUCAAUUCUGAAGUGUUUGAAGUGUAUCAUAUUUUCAGGCGCUCAAAUAUAAGUCAGUAUAAAAAGAACGUUUGCUUAAUUAAGGUGGCUCCAUACAAAAAAAUGUUAGUUGAUUUACGACUAUUAGCGGGGGAGCGCGAACUUUUCGGAUUUGAACUCAGCGUGUUCGAAAGUGUUAGUUCCCGUAAAAAUAUUUAAAACAUAUUCGUACUGUUUAACGAAUUGUUGGUGAUACGGUAAAUCAUCUUCGUUUAUCUGUUAGACGCAGAGUAUUCUUAUUCUUUCGUUGUAAUAACGAUCGCGUGGUCAUUAACUAAGCAUGAUAUCAAAAUAUACUGGCCGCGGCUUAAACUUUGAAGGUAAUAUUCCGAAACAUUAGUUCUAUAAAGUUGUCUUGAAGCUAAUCGCCGUCAUAUCCAUUUCCGAUGCGAAGAAAAUAUAUUCGUGACAAGCAUCAUCCGAGUUAGCAAGACUAGCCUAGAGCGGUCCAUAUAAUUGAAGGUUAGAUAUGCAAAAACAGACAGAAAAGAACAUUAUUCUCUCCAUUGCACAUGGAUCAUGCAUUGUGAUAUAUGACGGAUUACAACAUAUGGAAAUCAGGCCCGUUUCAAACGUCGCGCAACUGCCGUGUCGACAAGAUAAUUAGCUAAAAUUCCUCAAAGUCUACAGUAUAUUGUAUUUAAUUGAAAUGGGCCUUAAGGCGGAUUUCCAGUCCUCGCACGAAGCUCCUCGCAGUUCGCUGCGAGUGCUUGCAUCUAAUUAAAAUGAACUGUUUAGCAUUGUGAUUGGAUGAAAGUGCUCAUGCAUCACUCGCAGCGAGCUGCGAGGAGCUUCGUGCGAGGACUGGAAAUCCGCCUUAAGGCUUUAUACCUGCAUGUGCUGAUGAGCUACGUCUCACACCUCAUUACCUCAUUACAUUUCUUUUGUUUUCUUUCUCUCAAAUGUUUAUAUGUUUUUCUCACAAUCAUGAAGCCAAAUAUACUGUAAAGUGUGUCUUUGUCUUAAGGUUAUACGUUCUCAGUCGAGAUCCCACAAUAUGUAAAGGAAAACAAUAUGUCUACCGAAUAUACCAGCACUUAAUAGACUUAAUAGGUUUAGGCGCGCAUUUUUCGAUAACCAAUAGCUUGGCAUUUAUUUGCAAGUGGUGAAACGUGCUUGCAUGGUAUAAAAUGACCAAACCUUAUAAGCCUUGCUGAAUUUAGUAAGAUGAUAUUUUUCACCGCAGUAUGACUUCACGAAGCAAGAAUCCAGUUAUCGAGUACAUUCACAAAACACACAGUAUUUUGUAUACUGUAGGCAUAUUUUAAUCUUCUUUACUCUUACGAAAUUCCGUACGUUUUUCUCGUUCAUAGCGUGUAUAUAUAUAUAUAAAGAAUCGCCAUUACAUUUCUUCAAAUUGAAUUAAAAAACAGAAUCUCCGUAGCUGCCUAAGCAGCGAUAGUCACAUGUACGCGCUGCGUACCUAUUUUUAAAAAGUGUAUGUAGCCGCCACCUUUAACGGAGUUUAUGGAUUUCGCUAUAAUUGUGGCAUUAAAGCCGGUUUUCCACUAGCGAGUUUUUUCGCGCGAAGCGACCUUUUUCCUUUGUCGGCAUCCAUUUUGCCACGUCUUGCUGACGUAAUAAGUGAUGCCGACAAAGGAAAAAGGUCGCUUCGCGAGAAACAAUUCGCUAGUGGAAAACCGGCUUAACACAGUCAUAAGAGAGCCUCUCGCGGCUGUUUCUUAGUCUGAAUUUAAACUUUAUGCUUGAACGUCCGCAUUUAAAGGCGGAUUUAUACUAAUCUCUAAUUGUCUUAUCCCAACAUUCCCUUCGCGUAUUACAAUUCAAAAAAGCACGCGACUCGUUUUCUUUUCGAUUCUUUUAACGACAUGUUAAUAUUAUUUAUUUCGCAAUUCUUCUACGGUAUAUUAAUGAGGGUAUUUUAACUAGUACGCGACUUAGUAAUAGCUUGGGGCAAAUCUUUAAAGGGAAAUGACAAUUUCUUAUUUGAAAGAACUUUUGAGACUAAAAAUAAAACUCUUUUACUUUUUUUAUAUCUUGCUUACUUCUACAAAUAUUUUGAUCGAUAGGAAUGAAAUGUCCGCCAUCUUCAAUUUUUGCAGAUAUGCAUGUCACGUCACAACAGGGGUCACGCAAUAUUUUUAUCUAAACAACCACUAAUCAUUUUGCACUCAAAACUAUACUCUGUCUGCCUUUCGAAAUAUCAAGAUCACUCAAAACCUUUAAAACAUCUACCAAUCAAUAUUUGGUCAGCAACGAAUACUUCAAUAUGGUUACUGUAAUCCCUGUUGUUACGUCACAAAAACUACCGUCCUAUGUCCUUAUUCUGUGCUACCGUUAAUGAGAUCAAAAAUGAAUCCAAGAUGGCGGACAUCUCAUUACUUCAAGUGAAAAUGUUUCAAGAACUAUAAGGAAGAUGUGAAUAGUCGGUAAAAGAAAAAGGUUCUUUCAAGUGAGAAAAUAAAAAUUCAUAUUGCCAUUUCCCUUUAAGUAAAAAUAAAAUAGAAAUAAUCUAUCUUGCUCGUGUAUAGGAUCAGAAGCAAGUGGGGAUGUGCUUCAGGCAGUAGUUGGUGUGACAUGCAACUUGGUCCUCAAUCUGAAGAUGUUUCGAUCUCGUAUGAUAUUUACGAUAUUGGUCCCGAAUAUGUAACAACAUUGGGACUUACCAAAGACAAUGUUGGCUACAUUUGGUCAAUUACCAAGGUAAGAGUUAAUCUGUUUUUCAAAUUCAAAGAUUGAUCUUAGUUGCUGGAAAUACAUUAACGCCAGUCUCUCGCCCGAUACUAAAAGUGUAAUAACAAAUAACAACACUUUUAAACACGAGCGGCUGCAUGAUAUAUGUCGAAUAUAGUUGCGGAACCAGGGUAGCAUGCAGUGAUGCGGUUCCUGCAAUGAAGCAGCUGUGCAGAGAUGGAAAAAUAAAACAUACCACUAAACCUAAAUACAUUACUUGCAUUCUCUCCUGUGCUCGAUCAGAAUUUGAAUGUCUGUGUGCAAGCCGGCAUAACUAUCUCAUGUUUAUUUUCAGUGCAGUUAUACAAAAUGUAUUUGUCUACCUAUCCAGGUGCUUCCCCCCAUCUCAAGAGAUUUGUAUAUGUGAUAAUGUGUUAUUAUAAUGUAUUACUGUCAUUUAAUUAGGAUAAAAUUUGGUCUUCUCUACUCGACAAUCGACAAGGCGAAUUUGAUCAGUAUAUAUACCAUGCAUGGUCUAGACUCAACGUGCUGAUUAAAAAGUCUGUCCAUCAAAUGUAUAUUUUUGAGAUAAAAAAUAGAUUGCCUUUUUUUAAACAUUCCGCAUUUAUUCCCAUGCAGUUCUCUUCUAAUUUCCAGUUUCGUGAAUUGUUUCAACUUACAACGGAUAUUUUUCCUUUUCAUAGAAUCCUAAGAAAUAGAAGAGAAAAUAAUUCAUCAUUGAUUUGCAAUUUUAUACAAACUGCGUAUAAUUUAUUAUCUGACCGAGGAAAGUGUAAUCGUAUUAUUUCUUUAAUAUAUUUUGAAAUUCAAUAAAAUCUUCUGCAUGAGCAGUUCAAAAUGGGCUCUCGCCUGUAUGUAUUUAUGUAGUUGUCUUCUCAGUAUUGAUGAUCAUCUAUAUUUAAUAUGUAAUUUAACGUGCCUGUCAUCCACCAUUCGAUAAUAUCAGAACUUGCUAUGUGUUAGUUUAGAUGUGAUUUGAACACGUUUUUGUUUAAUAUCUAGCUCAAGGCAUGAGACACAGAGUGUCUUAAAGUGUCCAGUUAAGGUAAAUGAAUUUUAUUUCUCAAUGUAGGACAAUAUUCUAGCAAUUAAUACUUUUUGUUUGUGGAAACAUCACGUAAAUUUAUUACUUUACGGAGUGUGUCCACAAACAAAAAGUAUUAUAUGUUUUAUCACCAUGCAAACAUACAAAGAACUUAUUCUAGCAAUUAUUUAGCACUUAUUUAACGAAUCGCAUAAAUAAAUGCUAUAUCACACUUUAUGUAACACCUCAUUAAAUUGUGGUCAUUUAAUUGGCUGAUUAUGAUCACGUGAUAAGUAAUUAACUUUCUAUUUUGUUACCGUGCAAUAGUACAAAAACUAUUGCACGUGUACGCGUGCCAUCAGGGACGUCGUUGAAACUAGCGAAAUUUUAAACAAGAGUCACAAAACUGGGUGUUUUAUCAGCCUCGUACCCAGGCGCAAAUAACGUACUAAAAAUAGCAACACUACAGUGUUUUUAUAUAGAUCGGUGGCUAAGACGAGCGAGCACGCGGGGGUGAAACACGGUAGUGUUGCUAUUUUUAGUACGUUAUUUGUGCCUGGGUACGAGGCUGGUGUUUUAUAUGUUUUGCAUGUCAUUACUAACAGCAUUCCCUGAUUUCAAACGAUUAAUUCAUCUUGAUAAGAUCAAAAUUGCUGAUAUCAGCAUUAUUUCGGGGCGAUCUCAAAAAUGUGUUUUUGAAAAAAUUGAGGUAAAAAUGCUUGGUAAAAAUAGAAAACGGGAUACUUCACAGCCAUAAACGAUUUGGAGAUUUGGUCUCAACUCGCUCUUUUUUAGAAUUUUAAAUUUUUGCCCCCCCCCCCAAUACCCGCGUUCCCUUUCUUUGACUGAAUUAAGAUUACGAUGCCCCAUAUUGAAUUCUGUGGCCGUACUGUGAGAAAACACCAGGGGACUAGGCGCUCAGAGGGAUCCAGAGCUGGACGAACGUUUCGCGAGGCCCGUGGCAUAUCCAAAUGAUACACAAAAAGCAAAUGAUCCAAAUGAUCCACAAAAAGCAAAUGAUCCGAAUGAUCCACAAAAAGCAAAUGAUCCAAAUGAUCUACAAAAAGCAAAUGAUCCAAAGGAUCCACAAAAAGCAAAUGAUCCAAAUGAUCCACAAAAAACAAACGAUCCAAAUGAUUCACAAAAAGCAAAUGAUCCAAAUGAUCUACAAAAGCAAAUGAUCCAAAUGAUCUACAAAAACAAAUGA